AUGAAGAGCAUAUUGUUUGCUGUGGUGGUCAAUUCUUUGGUAUUACCUUGUUCAACAAUAGUCCUCGAUGACGCAAAUUUACAAGCCCUCAAUCGUGAUGUAAGAACGGCCCUUUUACAGAAGAUUUCAAAUGCUCUUUCAUCCGCCAAUUCUCAACUGAGUUAUACUUCUUCUCAAAUGCAAGGAUGCCAGUCUCUACUUUCCGGAUCAUUUGACGCAUGCACGGCCUGCGUCAAGGAUACUUGUGACGAAAACUUUAGCAACUGUUUUGAAAGACGACCAGUGACAAUAUGUGAUGUUACGGGAGCAAACUACAGGAUAUGUCGGGCUAUCGUGAAUAGCGAGAACCCCGUGCUGGAUACGAUGGCAGACAUUGAUGAUAAGAUGCGUAAGGUAAUGCGCAGGAUGGUACAAGAUCAAGACACAAACAUCUAUACAUUUCUAAAGAACAUCCAGACAUUUAUGGACAGUAAACUAAGAUCUGCUGAAUCAGGUCCCAUUCGGAAAUCCCUGGCAACGCUUAUAACCUAUUAUGAAACAAUGAAAGCUGCCGUUGAUGGUGGUAUUCAUCAUAAUACUGCACUUCAAAACAGCAUGAACAGCAUGAGCAAGGUGAUGAAGGAAGGAAUGGCGUCUGUAGGAGUCCAAAUGAGUACAAGGACUGGUAAUUUUAUGACGGAGCUGGCAUUUAAUCUUGCAAGGAUGCUGGCUACAAAUAACCCCAGUUUUGGAAGAAGAAAAAGACAAGCUGUCACUUGUUCAAGAAUCCUGAAUUUUCCAGCUCAUUGUUUUGCGGCGUAUGCGACUAAAUGCUUUUGCACAGGACAGUCACCUUCCUCGAUAACUGACAUUUGCGGUGCUCAUCUUGAGAACUCAAUUGCUACUGUUGUCAAACCCAUCCAAGCUGCAAACGAAAUAUUUGAUAAAAUUUGCGUUCAGCGAAAUCUGAUCGAAAAGGUUAACUACGAGGAUGUGGUGUUGAACAGACAGACUCUUGGCUACGGUAAUGUCAAAUACAAUGCAGUUGUUCGCGAUAUUAAUAAGGAAUUUACAGCACAUUUCCAAUUACAAAUACUGAACCUUCCUCAAACUGCUUCGCGAAUGGCUGCUGAAAUUUGGAAUGAAUGGGUGAGAAAUAUUCACUCGAUGUAA